GAGAGAGGACCACACAGCUCCCUCCUCCCUCCACCAUCACCGUUAGCCGGCUAAGCUAGCUAGCCCAGCUAACUUAGCUGCGAGACUUUGUAACGGCGGCUGCUUUUCCUGCCCCGUCGUCUCUUCUCUUCGGAGGCGGACCGAGGAGCCCCGUCACCCCGGGAGCAUGUUUGAGUGAGGAGCAAAGGAGGAAGUGGGAUCUCUGAAGCUCCGCCCCCUCUGCUGGUGGAGCACCCUGCACAUCUGACCAGAGACCCCUUUAGUCACUCGGAGAGGAUGCGGAGGUUUGCCUACUGUAAGGUGGUUUUGGCCACCUCUCUGGUGUGGGUGAUGCUGGACAUGUUCAUUCUGCUCUACUUCAGCGAGUGCAACAAGUGCGACGACAAGAAGGAGAGGGGACUGCCUGGGAGAGACCACACUCUCACCAGGCCGCGAGAUGGGCCCGGUGAAGGUGGGAAGCCUGUGGUAAUCCCUAAGGACAACCAGGAGAAGAUGAAGGAGAUGUUUAAGAUUAACCAGUUCAACCUCAUGGCCUCGGAGAUGAUUGCCCUCAAUCGCUCACUGCCUGACGUCCGCCUGGAAGGGUGCAAGAACAAGUUAUAUCCCGAUAAUCUUCCACGUACCAGCGUGGUGAUUGUAUUUCACAAUGAGGCGUGGAGCACGCUGCUGCGAACCGUCCACUCCGUCAUCGACCGCUCUCCGCACACACUGCUAGAGGAGAUUGUCCUGGUGGACGAUGCCAGUGAGAGGGAUUUCCUCAAGCGACCAUUGGAACAGUAUGUCAGAAGACUUGAAGUCCCUGUCAGAGUGGUGAGGAUGGAUCAGCGCUCUGGACUUAUCCGUGCUCGUCUCAAAGGAGCGUCCCUCUCCACUGGCCAGGUUAUAACCUUUCUGGAUGCUCAUUGUGAAUGCACCUUGGGGUGGCUGGAGCCUCUGCUCGCCCGUAUCAAGCAAGACAAGAGAACGGUGGUGUGUCCCAUCAUCGACGUGAUCAGCGACGACACGUUCGAGUACAUGGCCGGUUCCGACAUGACGUACGGAGGCUUCAACUGGAAGCUCAACUUCCGCUGGUACCCUGUGCCCCAGAGAGAGAUGGACCGCCGCAAAGGAGACCGCACACUGCCUGUCAGGACUCCCACCAUGGCAGGCGGCUUGUUCUCCAUAGACCGGGACUAUUUCCAGGAGAUCGGCACGUAUGACGCAGGCAUGGACAUCUGGGGUGGAGAGAACCUGGAAAUCUCUUUCAGAAUCUGGCAGUGCGGUGGGACUCUAGAAAUUGUCACAUGCUCUCAUGUGGGUCACGUGUUCCGAAAGGCGACGCCCUACACGUUUCCCGGGGGAACGGGACAGAUCAUCAACAAAAACAACCGGCGCCUGGCAGAAGUGUGGAUGGAUGAAUUUAAAAACUUCUUCUAUAUCAUCUCCCCUGGUGUGACCAAAGUGGACUACGGUGACAUCACAUCUCGCAGUGCUCUGAGACAAAAGCUCCAAUGUAAACCAUUCAGCUGGUACCUGGAGAACGUCUACCCCGACUCCCAGAUCCCCAGACACUACUACUCCCUGGGAGAGAUCCGAAACGUGGAGACCAACCAGUGCCUGGACAACAUGGCCCGCAAGGAGAACGAGAAGGUCGGCAUUUUCAACUGCCACGGCAUGGGAGGCAACCAGGUGUUUUCCUACACGGCCAAUAAGGAGAUCAGGACUGACGACUUGUGUUUAGAUGUGUCCAAGCUCAACGGACCCGUCAUGAUGCUUAAGUGUCACCACCUCAAAGGCAACCAGCUCUGGGAGUACGACCCUGCGAAGCUGACUCUGAUCCACGUCAACAGUAACCAGUGUCUGGACAAGGCCAGCGAGGAGGACAGCCAGGUGCCCAGCGUCAAAGACUGCACACACACACGCUCCCAACAGUGGCUGCUCCGCAACGUCACACUACCAGAGGUCUUCUGACCACAAACACACAACCCACAGCAGCCCGGAAUAAGCGACGAGGGGAAUGGACGUGUUUAUUAAAGCGUGGGCACCGGUAGAGGAAAGACUUCCCACGAGGGGACGCUGGAGGGGAGGAGGACGGAUUAGAUGGUACUACCUCUGCCAGAGAUCAGAGGGAGGAGUGUGUUCGACCCUCCUCCAAACGGGGAAGAGAGGAAAAAGACUCCUUUUACGUUUUUAUUUUGUUGAUUUUUUUUAAAAAGAGAUUUUAACCAGAGAGACUCACUAUGGGACUGCCUGGUGGAGUGGAGGCUCUGCACCCACGGCUUCCCUGGACACAGCAGUCCACCCCUCAACUCAUCACUUACGGUUUACUGACUGCCUCUUAUGAGCGAGUGUAUGCACUUAGAUGUGUGUCUGCCUGCACAGGUGUGUGUUCUCUGAGAUGAAUGUAUGCUUUCGAGAAUUCCUGAAUUCCUUGUUCAUUACUUUUCUUUUUCUUUUUUAAUUUAACUUUGUAUUGGAUUUUUGAAAAUGAACUCUGGUGAACUCAUAUGAAGAAGAGUGCAUGUGGACGUGAGCGUGCGUGUGUAUGUGUGAGACUGUCGUGUGCAAGUGUCAGAGCCCCUCCUACAGACCUGCAGCAGUGUAUGUCUCCCUCUCGUGUUACUCCUCGGCAUUUCAUCCUAAAGACUGACGCCUCCUCGCUGAGGGAUUUUCUGAGGAACUGCAAAUUUAAAAAAAGGAAAACAAAAAAAAAAGGACAAACACGAGGACCCUACGUCUGCCACCUGCAGCGAUCUAGUGAUAUAGAAAAAAAGAUGUUUGUGAUAUCUUGAGAUUUCUAUGUCCCGUUUUUACAUGGCUGUGUCUGUUUCGACGGUCAGAGCAGUAACCCUAGUCUGUCUGUCCGUCUCUGUUGUCUUUAACAGUGUUGAACAUAGAGCUACCAGGCACAUACACACAGAGGACUCUGCAUACCUAACUGAUGUUCACUGCCUAAUGUAGAGUGAAACAUAGGAAACUCUCCCAUAAGGCACUAGUCUCACACACACACACACACAGUAAACAUAUAGGAAAAAAGGCUUCAAUAGCCUGAAACUAUAAUCCAUUUUGGCAUAUCUUCUUCUCAAUGACCUCUUGUAAAAAAAAAACUACACUCCAAGGGCUUCUUCCCUCCAGCGGAGUGUGGAUGGCUGCGUCAGUGCGGGUUUCAUAACUAAUCAGUCCAUCAGCUCCCUGUUCUCCAGGACAAGCCGCUCUCAGAGUCCUCACUGCUGAACGACCAAGAGCCCGUAGCAUAGGCUGACAGCAGAUCAGCGUGCUUCUGUCGUACAAAAAGCUUGCUUCACAGAGCCGAGCCUCGGUUCUCUCCUGAGGACAUAUCUACCGUAGGAAAUGAAGCCUGGGACGCAGCGAGAGUAUCAACACACGUCGCUAAAACUUAAUCAGGGACAGAAUAAUAACAUUGUAGAGAGCCGAACGGAGUGAAAGUGUUUAACUGUGGAUCACAAAGAGCACAGCGGCAGCAGCAGCAGCAGAUGACACAUAUCUUAAUCCAUAACUACAUAUCUCUCUUUACAAGCUCACCCGCAGUAUUCCACUGUUCAUAUCUCUGUGAGGAGCCAAACAGGCUCCACAGUUUCAUCAGUGCAUCGUGUUUUCUUUAAACUUCCAUCUGUAUCGCUCCUGUGAGUCAGAGCAGGAGACUUCUUAAAGGUUUUAACCAUUUCAGCUUCCUCCAGUGGAGGAAGAGUUUACACACCGGACACGUCACUGGUUCAUCUUUGUUGUGGACACGGUCGUGAGGAGGGUGUCGACAGAUUUCUUUUUUUCUUUCAUGUCAAAGCGAGUGAAGAUGUGAACGGUUUCUGAUUGUGACACCGGGGGG